UAUUCGUAAACCUUGUAGAACGAAGAUGCUUUCGGUUGUUCAUUAAAUACCAUCUUCCUCGAUGUGCCUGCAAAAGUACAAUAAUAAUAAAUAAAUUAUCAUAAUAAUAUUAUUCUGUUGCCAUCAACCGUCAUUCUCAUUUUCUGAUUCAGAGUACUUGGUUCUGCAGGUUAUGUAGCGGUGCCGCCGUUAAAUCACCAUAUCGCACAAGAUUAAUGGCUCUAGAUGGUGUAAUUACGUCACCUCACCGGAGAACUCAAACAGUGUUUUCUUCAAACUCAUCCAGAAAGAAUUUCACAACAGGAAAUGAGUUGGGUAGUUUCUCCACAGUUAUCAGGCGGCACCGCUUCCUAUUAACCGCCCUCGCCCUCCUUGCUUUCCUGUGCACUAUUUAUCUCUAUUUUGCUGUUACUUUAGGGGCUGGUGAUGAUUUGUGUUCAGGGUUGACCGGAACUCAGAAAGCAUUAUGUCAUGUUCAACAUGUUAAAAAGACAGUAGCCAAAGGAAAACUGAAAUUUAUUUAAUGUUCAAAGAAAUUAUAAUAGUGUGGUCUAUGUGUAAGAAACUAGAUUGUGUCCUUACUAAGUUAGUGUUGUUUUUUACGGGAUUGAAAGUUGUUACCGUGUAAAAUUUGAUCGUCCGGUUGGCUAUGGUUAACGGGUGGUUUUGACGAUUAAAGUAUAGUAAUUUAUGUAUAACCACUUCUAAGGUGGUUAUAGUUUUUGGUUGGUUGA